UAUGUGAUUUCGAAACCGAACUAAAGCGUUGCAUUGGUUUCGAGCGUAGGCACGUACAGUGUGGGACAUAUAUAUUAGGUAAAACAAACAAACAAACCAAAAAUACUGGAUAAGACGUGAUUCAUUACGGCUCAUUCAUAGCACUUACACUGUAUCUCAUCGAAGAUGAUGAGGGCUUUAUUAUGUUUACGUUGUCCAACGAAAAUUCAGCGAGGUUUUCGACGAAACCAAAUUAAUCUUAUGCUUUUCACUGUGUCGGGUGGACUACUACUGCUCCUCUAUUAUAAGCUGAGUGACACCGUUGUAGCGGAAUCGUCGUUUAAGCAGCAUUAUGUGGAUUUUAAAAGAAAUCAGCGAGUUAAGUAUGUGAAAAAUGUUGGAAAUCUCUCGUCAGCCUGUAGACUGCCGAGUUUGGAUCCGUUUCACCCAAGCAUCAUGCAGUUUGUGACAGAUCUUGGAAAGCUACGAUGUGAAGGAAAAACGUAUUCAACUUACGCUCACAAUAUUCUGGAAGUGAAAGGAGAAGAUAUAUCUUCCGUACAAUACAGAAUAAUUGAAAGAGCUCCUGGAGAUGAUUUUCAUACUGUACUUUCCGAACCAAAGCACGUUGUUAACCAAGCCAAAAUACUUAAUCAGAAACCCUCCAAACCAGGUAUCUUUAGAAAAUUGUGGAACUGGAUCAAAGGAUAUCGCCCUUCAUCCCCAUUCUAUGGAAAGGCAACCGUGAAAGCUGAAUACCUCCGUGUCGAUGUCGUGAAAACUUCGGGUGCGAUCGAAAGUGACGUACACAUGCAGGUCGUGCCAAAGGAUGAAGUGUUAUCGAGACCGGCGAAACCUGGUGGUAUUCCACUUGAUAUCUCACUGAUCAUGUAUGAUUCCACAUCUGCUGCUAACUUCCAGAGAAAGAUGCCCAACACUUUGAAGUACUUGACCAAACAUCUCAAUUCAGUCGUUCUUCAAGGUGAAACAAUUGUGGGAGAUGGUACAACAGCCCAACUGUGUGCAAUGCUUACUGGUAUAGCUGAAAAGGAACAACCAGAAGCGAGAAGAAGUGAACCAAAUGCCAAGACAGUUGAUAAUUGGAGGUGGAUUUUUCGAGAUUUAAAGCAGAAAGGAUACGCUACCCUGUUUUCUGAGGACUCGACAGCUUAUGCAACCUUUAAUUACCGGCUACACGGAUUUAAAGAUCCACCCACAGACCAUUUUGCCAGGCCACUAUGGAUGGAGGCGGACAACAUUACUCAACGGGUUGUCCAGUGUAUCGGUGGGCGAGCAUUUCACAAUAUGUCUCUUGACUAUUUGGUUGAUUUCUUUCGUGCAUACAAACAGAAACCCAAGUUCUCUCUCAUGGUGAAUGCAAUUAUGUCUCAUGACGAUCUGAACAGAAUAGGUCAUGUCGAUGAUGAUUUGAAAAUUACAUUACAAACCUUGGAGAGAGAGUCUUUUCUGGAAAAUACUUUUUUGAUUAUAUUUGGCGACCAUGGUAUUCGAUAUACUGGGAUAAGAAAGACUCUCCAAGGGAAAUUAGAGGAGAGACUUCCUCAUAUGUCCAUUACAGUCCCAAAGUGGUUUACUAAGAAGUAUCCAGAUCUUUACAAGAAUUUGAUCCAUAAUUCCAAAGUGCUGACCUCACCGUUUGACGUGUACGCAACACUACGUCACAUCCUGUCGUAUCCCAACUACCCCAGUGAUAUAAUAACUGGUCAAAGUCUGUUUACUAAAAUUGACAAAGAUAAACGCACGUGCGCAAGUGCUGGAGUUGAGGAGCACUGGUGCCCGUGUCUGAACUUGGAAGAAGUUUCCACAGAGGAACCAGUGAUAAAAAAAUUAGCCGAUUUUGUGGUUACCCAUAUGAACGAUUUGAUCUUUCAGCACCCAGAGUUGAAAACGCAGUGCCACAAAUUGGUUCUAAAAGAAAUCAAAAGCUCUUUCCGUGACAUGCCAAAUGCGGAUAUGCAGUUUUUUGACUCGACGUACCGCGACGAAAAUUGUGAUUCAUGCGGGUUAAAUUACGGUAAAAAGUCAAUGAACACUUUAGCCCGCGAUACAAUGUAUCAGCUGCAGUUCGUGACGUCACCUAAUGAAGGAUUUUAUGAAGCAUCUGUCAGAAUGAAGAAAGGGACUCCGUCACUCGCGGGAGGUAUCAGCCGCCUGGACGCUUAUGGACACCAACCUCACUGUGUCGAAGAUAAAUAUCCUCUUUUACGGAAAUACUGUUACUGCUUGAGUCAGCGUACGUGAUGAUAGGCCAGUUAAAAGACGUUCUUAAUAUGGUAGAUAAGUGAAAGACGUGUUCAGUGAUUGUAUAAAAUAUUAGUGGAGACAGUUAAAAUUAAUCUUAAUGGCAUGUUCAUGAUAGAACUAUUUCGUAAAAUAUAGCUCGUUGAAGACGAGUUAUCCGAUUAUGUGAUAAAUACUCAAAGUUUCCCAGAAAGCGCUGAAACACCGUAUGAUGUAUACCUGUCGGAGACUUUGUGUUUCGUGCGUGACACAUAUCAGAUAACAAGUGUAAACAUUAUAUCAAGAGAGACAAUUUUUUAGUUACAGAGACUGUCAUUUUUUAUCAAGAGCUAGAAGCACCGCCUUUCGUGAUUUGGAAUACUGAUCGGUUUGCAUGAUCGACACAACUUUGAAUAACCUUUAUAUCAGUGCUUAGCAACAACCAAUCACAAUGUAGAGAAUGUAGUAUAAGAGAAUGAGUUCGUUACAAGUUAUGCAGAGUAGCUCUUUACACACCCGUUGUAACUGAGUGAAUACGAGAGUAUAAUUAAACGGUUGAGCUUAAUCGA